AGCAACAUAAUAUUCAUAGCAAACUCAAAACAUUUAGCAAAACCUGUUAAUUAAUACACCGAAUCUCAAAGAAAGAAAGCAAUGGCAACUAAGUUCAGUAUUAAAACUACAACAUCAUUCUUCCUAGUUCUAGUUCUCUGUUUCACCGUCUUAACUUUGUCAUGCUUUGCUGACCCCGACGAACUACAAGACUUCUGUGUUGCUGACUUGAACUCCAGCACCAUUGUUAUGAAUGGGUUCCCUUGCAAACCAAUGUCCCAAGUUACAACAGAAGAUUUCUUCUAUAGUGGCUUGGUGAACGAAGCGAGCACAGAGAAUCCCUUCGGGCUUGGAGUGAGGCCAGGUGAUGUUACCAGCUUUCCUGGGUUAAACACCCUUGGUCUUUCGAUAAACAUACUCGAUCUGGCACCUGGUGGUAUUGUUCCACUUCACACACACCCUCGCGCAACUGAAGCUAAUUUAGUCAUUAAAGGGAAAGUCUUUUUUGGGUUUUUAACCACUAAUAACGUUUUGCACUCAAAGGUUAUAACAGCCGGAGAGGUGUCUAUUAUUCCUAAAGGACUUGUGCACUUUGUACAGAACGUUGGAAAGAGUAAGGCUGUGGUGGUAGCUAUGUUCAAUAGUCAAUCGCCUGGAGCUGCAGGACUUCCAUUCAACCUCUUUGGUUCAACACCAGCAAUUCCUAGUGAUCUUUUGGCUAAGAACUUCUUAGUUGAUGAGAAAGUCAUCGCCAACAUAAAGUCUAAGUUUGGUAACUAAACAAAAUAGCUUAACGUGGUUGUGCAUUAUGAACACAGUAUUUGUAUCCGAUUGUUUGUAAUAAGGGACUCAUGGUCGCCCUUUAUUUUAUGUAUUUUCUAAAUUUCCUGAAUAAUCAUAAAUAAAAUGAUAUGUAAUUCUUAUAUGAA